AGAACCCCACUUAAUGUAAGUCUCAAGACCGAACCUAAAUAAUAAUAUUAUUAUACCAUCAUAUCCUUUGAUCAACACAAAACUCCCUUUUCCCUUUUUUGAUUUUUCUUUUCUUUUUUUUUCCUCAAUCAUCAUGGAAACCCAUCUACAACAGGUGAAGAACAGUUCUCAAACUUUUUCUGAAAAGCAAAACCCUAAACAAGAAGCUUUACAAUCAUCACCUUCACCAAUAUCAUCCACUUGUUCUUCUCCUUCUCAUGACUUCUCUUUCACCAUCUCUCUCCAGCCUCUCUCUUCUUCCUCUAAACACAUCAGUCCUACUCUUAGAGGUUCAAACAAAACGACAUCGUCUUAUCAACAAACCGAUCCAUUCGCCGUCGACUUGUCCCCGGCCGAUGAGAUCUUCUUCCACGGCCAUCUUCUCCCUCUCCACCUCCUCUCUCACCUCCCCGUCUCUCCUCGAACUUCCACCGGCUCGUAUAAUGACGGAUUUACCCUCCCCGUUAAUGAACCUGACCAGCCUACCGCAAAGAACAACAACAAUAACACUGAAAACGCUAUCACAAACAUCAGUACGGAGGCAAAGAACAACAACAGUACGGGCGAUAAAGCGGAAGGUGAGAACCGGGUAAAAACCAAACCCGUCAAGUCAUUUUCUCUCUUUGGUUUAUCAAAAUGGAAAAAAGGGUUUGAAAGCAACGAGCGAGAACAAGAACAGCAGCAGCAGAAGAUCAAAAAACCUAUGAGCUUAGACCUAAGUCACGCUGUCAAGAAGUACAUAAGGAUGUUGUUUCAGAGGAGAGGAAACGGCACACAGUAUAGGAACAGAAGACAGACUUCAUCUUAUUCUUUCUCAUCCUCUCUCAUGGGUCCGAACGGAAACAACAAAACAAUGAUUAGUGGUUUGUACAACAAGAGAGAUCUGAUAAGAGGAAGGAGAGGUGAGUUGUUCUCGGCUCCGGCUUCAAUGAGAACAUCUCCGACUAAUAGUGGACAUCUCCGAGUGUCCACGGCGGGACUAUCGUCAAGCUCAGCGUCGACGUCAUCAUCGUCUAGUGAUAGCACCAUGGAAGAGUUACAAGCUGCGAUUCAAGCGGCCAUUGCUCAUUGCAAGAACUCAAGCGCCGUUGAUCGUGAUGAUAAGGCUAAGGAUUCUUGAUUUGGUUUUUUUUUUUUUUGUCCUUAAUAUGUUGUUCUUUCUUGUCAGAAAGGAAAAAAAAAGUGUUAGUGAUUUAAAAUUUACAGUAGAGGUAAUUGUUUUAUUACGUGUAUAGACAAGGAGUUACUGUUCCUAUA